CUUUACUUCUUUCUUCUGACGUCUUUCCUCUGCUUUCUUUUCUUUCUAACCUCAUCUCACCUUCUUUACCUUCCGUGACCCCUUCUCUUCUGUCAUUACCAUUGUUCUCAUCUCUCCCUCUUUCCCCCUUUACCCAUCUUCAUCUGCUUCAUCUCCUCUCCAUUCAUCCAUUUCUCUCUCCUCCUCCUCUCCUGUCCCAUCUUCACUCUAUCUCUAUCUUUGUAAAUUCACUUAGAGGUAAUUGCUUCCAGCAGGCUUUUCUCUCGGUCCGUCACGCUGCUCUCCGUCAUGUGAUGACACUGUGUGGGCUUGUUAUUGGGGGCCCGUGGACUUGUGUUUUGGUGGAGGAGAGGCCGGACCCACUGCACAUGAGCCGCCAGCCCUGCAGCUUCGACCUGUGGUGACGACGGAUGCUGCUACAGCCAUGAGAUUCUAGAUAGAGAGAGAGAGAGAGAGGAACAAACACCCUGCAAGUUUACUUUUUUGGGACCGGGUGAAAGAAUUCCUAAAUGGCUGAGGAGGUUUUAAUCCCGUCAUCUGGGAAAAUCACAUCGCACCUGACCCGCUCUCUGCUGGCGGUGGCGUUUCUUACCUCCUUUGGCAGCUCGAUGCUUUAUGGCUACAAUUUGGCUGUGGUCAACUCCCCUGCUAAGUACAUAAAGGACUUCUACAACCAGACAGUGGUGGGUCGUAAUGGAACAGGACUCAGUGACAAGACCCUGACCCUCAUGUACUCCCUCACUGUGUCCGUCUUUGCUAUUGGAGGCCUGCUGGGUUCCCUCAUUGUGGGGAUGCUGGUCACUCGCUUUGGCAGGAAGGGGACAGUCGUAAACACAACAGUGCUGGUGUUCAUCGCUGGCACACUCAUGGGCUUCAGCAGGAUAUGUGGCUCACCAGAGAUGGUCAUCAUUGGCCGCUUCAUCACAGGAAUUCACUCAGGCAUCUCUCUCAGCGUGGUGCCAAUGUACUUGGGAGAGAUAGCUCCUAAGAACCUGAGAGGCUUUCUGGGUCUGGUGCCGAGCAUCUUCAUUGGCACCGGAGUCUUUGCCGCCCAGAUCCUCGGCCUGCACGAGCUUCUGGGGAAGGAGGAGCACUGGCCUCUCUUUCUCUCAGUGGUGGUGGUUCCCACUUUUAUCCAGUUGAUGCUGUUGCCAUGGUUCCCGGAGAGCCCCCGGUACCUGAUGAUGGAGAAGCACAAUGCCCAUGCCACCAUCACAGCCCUCAAGUGGUAUCGAGCCAAAUGCAACAUCCAGGCUGAGAUCGAAGAGAUGCAGGAGGAGCAGCGCUCCCUGUCCUCGGUGGAAACGCUGUCGGUGUGGAAACUGAUGCUGGACGACACGGUGCGCUGGCAGGUGCUGAGCGUGGUGGUCAUCAACAUCGGCAUGCAGCUGUCCGGCAUCGAUGCUAUCUGGUUCUACACCAACGACAUCUUUAUGAAUGCAGGAAUCCCGCCCCCAGAGAUCCAGUACACCACGGCAGGAACAGGAAUCAUAGAGAUCAUCGCCGGACUCAUCGGGUGUUUCACCAUAGAGAAGCUGGGUCGCAGGCCUCUGAUGAUCGGAGGUUUUGCCAUGAUGGGUGUUUGCAGUGCUGGGAUCACGUUAGCCCUCAUUUUACAGGCUCAUCUGUCAUUCAUGCGCUACGUCAGUGUCUGCUGUGUGGUCGGCAUCAUCGCUGGCUUCUGUAUCGGUCCAGCUGGGGUCCCAUUUUUGAUCACGGCCGAGCUGUUCAAACAGUCCCACCGUCCAGCCGCCUACAUCAUAGGAGGGUCUCUCAACUGGCUCUCCAACUUCACUGUAGGCUUCGUCUUCCCCUUCUUACAGAUGUCUGCGGGGUCUUACGGCUACCUGGUGUUUGCCGCCGUCUGUGUGUCCGUGGCCGUCUACGUCUACAUCGUGAUCCCGGAGACCAAAAACAAGACGUUCAUGGAGAUCAGCCGCAUGUUCUCCAAGAAGGAGGCCGUCCUGGAGACCCAGUCCCUGAUCCACGUGGACCAGCUGAAGCUGAAGAAGAUGAACGGAUACGGCGGCAUGGAGCACGCUUCGCUGGAGUUUGACAGCUCUUCCUCUGUGCCUUAACCGAGACCCUCAGAACCACUGAUAACUUUGAUAUGAACAUUUAAACCAAACAACACCUCAUGCUUGCUGAAAUCUGUGGGCUCUGGCUGAGAGAAAUGGGAUUUUUUUUCCACUUGGAUCAUACUCAGGUUCUAAAGAGUGCUCAGUAAACAGUGUAGUAUGCUGUUAUGGUAUUUGCAACAUCCUCUAUCAGUUAAAUGUUCUGCUUCGUAUCGGCUUAACCUUUCAAACAACUGUCACGAUACGUUCUUUCUUUUUCAUCAUGUGCAGUUUUAAAUUUAUUGAGACAGAAAUUUAUAUUUACAGAAAAAUGAAAUCUUUGCUCAUCAUAAACACUUUUGACUAGAAACUGCUUUUCUUCAUCUGUCAAGCUAUCGUGGAUAUUUACAACGCACAGCUUAGUAUGGUAGUAAUUUUGCCUAAUGCAUCUUUGAAAUGAGUUUGGCUUAUCUAGUAGUCAGCGCUAUAAAAACCAAAUCCAGUUGUUCCUUAAAGCAGCGAUGAACCCUUCCCAAUGCAUGGCUGCACCUCAGUGUGACCUCCUCCUCUAACCCUUGCCUUUCCCCAGGGAUUCAUGUGUUAUCGGAUGCUACUUUAAGGGUCAAGUGUCUGGGAGGAUUAUGCAACCCGCUAAAUUUACUGGUCAUGAGAGAAAAACCUACAAAUGAUGUGUCAUGUUGCUGCUUUUUUUGUGUAAAAGACAUCACAUGAUUUUGAUGAGACUGAGGCUGACUUCCUGUUGCCAGCAGGUGGCGCAAUGAUUUGCAGGUGCUGUAUGUUCAUGCUGCGACAUCUUCACUUGACAAUGUAUGUCCAGUGAGUUCAGCCACAACAGUAUGACCACUGACAGGAGGAGUAAUUAACAUCGACCAUCUUGUGACAAUUCAAGAAAAUGUUUUAGGAACAUCUCAGGAAAAAAAACAUGAAGAACAGCACAAGGUGUUGACCUGGCCUCCAAAUUCGCUAGAUCCCAAACUGAUCAAGUAUCUAUGGGAUGAUCCACAGAGGCCCCUCCCCUCCCUACACAAUAUUAGAAAGGUGGUCAUAAUGUUAUGCCUGAGUGAUAAAUAAUGUUUAAGAGCAUCCAGCAUAUCAGCACGGUCACAGAUGAACCACUAAACAAAGAUAAUCAGAGCUUGAAGACACAGCUCCAGCAGCUUGUGAGAGGAAUUAACAUCUUAAAAGCAUAUUUUAAUAUUUUGUAUAUUGCAGCAGAAGAUGCUCCAUGAUGUGAAUUUUUUUAACACACCAUGCUGUAAAUUUAUAUUUCUUGUAAAUGAUGAAUUAAUUUGUUUAUUUCAGAGAAUUGACUGUGAGCUGCGUGUGCUAAAAUCUCUCUUGUACAAAAAGCUAUGUACAGUUUGUUUGCAUAUGUGGAAAGACCUGUAUUCACCUCUGAAAACCACAUCAAACAUCUGUUCACUGAUGCAGAGAAACUCGUCCACGCCCUUGCUCAUUGGAAUCUCCCCAAAAAACCAUCAGAAACUUCAAUUCAUCCAAAAAAAAGUGCAAUUGUGAUGAAAGUUCACACAUAAGAACAUAUCAUACCCAUUAUCUCCAGAAGCUCAUCCACCUCUGCAUCCAUGGCAACGGCCCAGAAAACCUUAAAGACCUCCUCACCCUCCACACAUCAACUCACCUCCUCCUUCCUUCCCCAGACUAUGGAGAUCAGGGCCUUUUCCUCCCCUGCUCCUCGUGUCCAGAACUCCCUGGAUGUUUUUUUUUUUAAAUAGGCCCGUUCAGACAGGCCUUUACAGAUUGUUCUUAAUCUCCACAGUCACUGGACUCCUUCAUUUUUAUUUUGUUUUAGAGGCUGUUUUUAUUCCGUAGCUCUUAGUGUUUUUAUUGUGUAUUCUGUGUUUUUACUGUACUCUGUAGCACUUUGAGCUUUAUAAAUAACAUUUAUUAUUAUUAUUAUUGUUUAAAGAUGAGUGCAUAAAUUAAAUAAUGCUGUAAUAC